GGACAGGAGCCACCAGCUCAAGUCCUCACAGCUCAAAUCCUUCUGGCCUGGUGGACCAGGGCCCAGUGCUGGUUCUGAGCACUGCCUACAAGAGCUGAGUGAGGGGUAUCCACCACUCCAGAGGCAACAGGGCCCCCACCCUGGAAGCACAGAGUGUGUGGCCUGUGCUCACAGCUGAGGACCCAUGGCCAAACUCUGCCGGGCCCUGCUGCUCCUCAUAGUCACUGUGGCCUUUGAGUUGAGCAGGGUGCAAGCCUGGGGUUCCCCAAAGGUGGUGCGGUCAUUCCAGGAUAUCUCCCCAUCCUACGUCUACGUGCAGCAGGCGGUCUGGUACGCCAUGAAAGAAUUUUACAGGAUGUCCUUUAUGAUAUUUUAUCUUCUAAUUCUUCACUGGCAGGUCACAGACAGUUUGGAGUACUAUUUUGAAGCCAAAAUUGCCCGAACAAUGUGCAAGAAAGCUGCGGGAGAAAAUGAACACUGCUUAUUUCAAAAAAAUCCCACAAUGCAAAAGGAGGUUUUUUGCAUCUUUGUUGUUAGAUCCAAGCCAUGGAAAUUUGAGCUAUCCAUGCUGAAGAAGCUGUGCAGAGAUGCCUAAUGGUCUCCUGGUGUGCUCUGCACAUGUACUUCCACUGUGGAGAAGUAAAGAGCCUUCAAGAUACCAGCACCGUGCUCAUCCCUCUCACUCCACUCUCUGGCUCUGUGCAUCUCUGAGUGCUCUGAGGCCUGAUAGAGAGGGUGAGCAUUUCUGGCGAGUGAUGCCAUCUCCUGGCAGGGCAGCCUGUGCCCACGUGAACACUGCCCUGUGGGGUACAGUGAGAUCUUUCUGUAGGGUCUAGUUUUUUUGUUUUUCAGUCCACAUGUCCAGCCCAGAUUUCCACAGACAUCACCUUUCAGGACUACGGGGAAGGCAUAACCCAUGACUCCUAGUGGGGUUUUCCAGUUCUGGGUAUGGGAGUUAGGACCUUGUACAUGCAAGGGCAUUGCAAUCCCCUAAGCUGCACUCCCAACCCAGAAGCAGUGGCUCCAAACCUCACAUCUGAUCAGAGAUACAGAGGGGCCUUUCAGAGGUUUGGGUUUAUCCUGAAUUAAGGUAGAAAAAGCUCCAGGGUAAGGUGCUUAGAAAGCAGCCUGCGUGUGUGCAUGUGUGUGCAUGUUGGCUGCAUGUGUGUGAAUAUGUAUUUACAGGCCUGCUGCAUGUACCUCAGCAUGUGUAUACACUCCAACACAUGUGUGUAACCUUGUGUACAGGCCAGCUGUGUGCACAUGAGUGUGUGUACAGGCCUGUUCGUCUGAGAUGGGAGUCAUGCCAGCCCUCCCAUUUUUCCUGUUCUGCAUGGAGGUGUGUGGUUGGCCAAGCAGGUCCAUCCUGCUGGUACCAGGAAUAAGUCACCCAGGACCCAUUUCCAAAUCGGUCACGCUGGGGUA